AUGAGCGAAAGUGGGGGCGCCGGCGGCUCGACGCCUAAUCUAUUCACAUGUUGUGAUGAAGAGGAACGUAUGAACUCCAGAAAGCGGAAGGAUCGUAGUCAUGUUCAUGAUCUCAAGCAAGAUUUAUUGGAUUUUCGUGCAGAGAUGAUGAAUUUUUUCCGAGAAUUUGGUAAGACACAAAACGAGAAUCUUACUAAGAUACGCCAAGAAAUAUCGGAAAUGAGAGAGGAAAUUAAAACAAUAAAGUCAGUAUCAGAGAAUUUAACACAUAAAGCGAAUAAAAUAACCAGUGAAGUGCAGGAAAUUAAAUCGGAAUAUGCUAAAACAAAAGAAAAAGUCAAUGUUCUCGAAAAAGACCUAUUUCAUAUAAAAAACAGACAAAAUAGUGAGCAACAUUUUCCAGAUUCGCUUAUUUCAAACCACGAAAGCUUAUUAUCGGAACUUAAAGACCACAAUGAGCGAGAGAAAAAUAUUAUAAUGGUGGGUAUUCCGGAAAAAAAUGAUAAAAAUUAUUCCGCAAGACGUGAAUAUGAUGAUGAGAUGGUGAUGAAGACCCUAGAACUGUUACAUGCAAACUGUUCCAAACCAAAUAAAUGCAUUAGAUUGGGCAAAUAUAACUCCAGUAAAGACCGGGCCCUAAAGCUAUGUUUUGAUAAUACUGAAAUACCAAAGCAGUUAUUACGUAACAAAUCAAAACUGUCAGAUAAUAUUAAAUUAUACUCUGAACGAACUCCUUCGCAAAAAACGUACCUGCAAUCUAUCAGAGAAGAAUUAAAACGUCGGGAAGAAAAUGGAGAAAAUAAAUUAAUCAUAAAAUAUGUCAAGGGUAUACCGAAAAUAUUGCAAAAUAAUCUACCAAAAAACUAA